CUGUGGCCGUAACCCGUAACCUAUUGGGCACGGAUACCGAUUGUUGUUCAAACAAAGCGUGCGUCCACCGUGACGCCACACGACAGGCGGGCUCGCUGCUCUCCGCGCCACUAGUGCCUUGGACGCCGGCAUCAGAGGACUAUGCUGGGAACUCCCGAAGUGUUGUGAAAAUGAAGUGUUAUACGUUGUUGCUGCUGUGUUGCGGGUCUGUGGUGGCGGCCGUCGCUGAAGACACCUACCAGCUUAUGGGCUUUGAGCAAACUGAUGAGGACUUCGACUCAGAAGCUGCGAGGGAACGCCGCGACGUCAUCGAAGAAGAGAAGUACUACAACAUCCGCGAGCAGAAAACCAGUAGCGCUCCGCCGCCGUGGGUACCUGGGGCCCUGCCCCCCGACGACCCCACCACCCGGGUCUCCCUCACCAACGACGACCAGGUACUACCCUUAUAUCACACCACGGAGAAGCCAGACAAACCCACCGGCCGCGGCGCGCGCGCCUCCAACGAGAACUGGAUCAAACUACCCUUCCCCGGACGUGACGAGGUCGAGCGAGACUCCCUCACCCCCCCGCAACCCUCCGGAGACCUGCUCAGCUCCAGAAUGCCCAGAGUCAACUUCGUCACCCAAAACAAACCCCUAGACACCUCCGAGUCCAGAAACGAUAAGGAGAUCGUUCAGCGGUCGUCCAGAAACGACGAGCUGAGGACAGAGUUCGUACGCCCUGGUGAGGACCCUAAAACGGUUAAACCUGUGUACCCGAGACAGGCGGUUUACUACCCUGACGAGUCCAGGCGGUACUACGACGACCGGUACGUUCCACCCGAAGAAUAUUACCGACGGGACCCCUACUACGAUAUGUACGACAGAAGGAGGCUGUCAACUGUCAACUACUUCCCCUCAGGGUACGGCCCCAGGGUCGACAGAUUCGACGAGCCCUACGACAGCUACGCGUCCAGGAAGCCGAAGAGGAUAAUCUACUACGCGCAUUUGCCAGAAGUUGUGCGGACCCCUCCAAGCGUAGACUUGAGGUACAGAUACUCUGUUGACCCUUACCGGCGUUUCGAUGAUGAUUACCAUCCAGGCUUGCCUGUCACUAGGGCUGGGAGGUACGACUACAGGUUUAGACCGAGCAGGUAUCCUUACCCCUACGCUCCGCUUAGGAAGGAAGAAAGGAUCUACAGGGAUUUAGCUGGAGCUGGUUCGACCGCUAAAGAUAAGAAGGUCGAGGAGAAAGUGACAGCGGCGCCGGUCCUGCCUCAGAAGGACGACAAGUUGAGGUCUAAUGUGAACUCUAAUAGGAACAAUAGGAAUAUGAUCAACAGUCAUCAGUAUCAUGACGGCGUGGCGGUCCACUACAAUGAUCCCGCGUCACACAAGAGCUUUCAAGACGUGGUGAGGCCUGACGACAGCUACCUGCGGUUUGAAGAACCUUUGUUCCACAGCGCCGUCGACACAUCGUACCGGCAAAAGUAUUAAGCAGUCAAUCCAUUUAAUGCUAUUUUUUUUAAGAUCGGUGUAGCAUUUAUUCAUAGAACAACUGGGGGAGGCUGAUUUCCAAAAUUAAAAACUUAUGUAAAACGUCGCUAAUAAACGUAAUGCCCAA